AUGGACAAUGAUAACUGUGCAGUGAAGAUUGCUGUUCGCGAGAGGCCAUUCAAUGACUUCGAAGUGCAGUCAGGAUGCAAAGAAUCCGCGGUGGAAGUUCACUCGUCAAACCAUAAUAUCAUCAUUGUGGAUGACCAGCCUUUCGUCUUCGAUCAUGUCUUCGGCCCGGAGACAUCUCAGGAGCAGGUGUAUCGCGAUCUGGUGGCGCCGCUGAUAGACAAGAUGAUUCUGGGAUUUCACUGUACGGUUUUGGCUUAUGGCCAUUCCGGGAACGGGAAAACCUUCACAAUGGGGCUGCACAGGAACCUGCUGAGCGACGAGAACAGUGGACUGAUCACCAGGAGUAUCUCAGCGGUGUGCGCAAGAGUCCAGGAGCAGUGUGAGGUGUCGGAAGAGCAGGAAAACUUGCCGGAACUCGCGGUGUCGUACAUCGAAAUCUACAAUGAGAAGGUGUACGAUCUCCUGUCCAGGAACUUUACAGAGCCUGUCAACAUGAAGAUGUACAAAUACCAGGGAUGCCAGAAGGAGAGGAUUCUCGACGCUCAAGAGGCCUUUGAGGUGCUGAAGGAGGGCAAUAAGAAUCGCCACGUGCGUCCAACGAAGAUGAAUGCCAACAGCAGUCGAUCGCAUGCCAUCUUCACGAUCUACAUCAGUGUCCGGAAGUCCAAGACCUGCACGAUCAACUCUGCCUUCAACUUUGUCGAUCUCGCCGGCUCUGAGGGCAUCCGGAAGACCGAACACAAGGGCCUGGCGCUGGCAGAGGGUGUGAACAUCAACCAGGGCCUCCUCAGCAUGGGCAGGAUUCUCCAGGCAAUCUCCUCCGGGGACAAACUCAUUCCCUAUCGCGACAGCAUUCUCACGACUGUUCUGCAGGAUUCUCUGAACAAGAACUGCUAUCUCACGCUCCUCGCCUGCAUCAGUCCAUCCAUGGCGAACACCAAUGAGACGCUGAACACUCUGAGAUUCGCCAAGAAUGCCAAAUCGAUGAAGAACAAUCCGCAAAUCAACCUGAUAAUCACGGAGAUUCAGAAUGCGCGCAGAAACACACCAACCAAGCCUCCUGUGACACCCAGGCAGCGCCAGACCAUGAAUGCCCUCAAGGAUACGACGAAGAAAGCGGCCGUGAAGACGCCCUUCCACAACAGAACCUUCACCACGCCCGGCGCGAAGAGUUGGAUGGCGAAUGGCAGAGUGGUGAGGAAGAGAAGUGACGUGAGAAAUCCACCGCUGAGCGACACUUCCUUCGCCGCCGGCAAUGUGUCCACGUCGACGGAGAAGCCUGAGGAGCCCGAGGCGCCGCUGCGUCUGGAGCCAUCGCUCACCUCAGUGGCCUUCAGUCCCAUCAUCCGGCGACAUGUGGAGCAGCUGGAGGCGCGCCUCGGUGAGCGGAUGCAGAACAUGAUCAACACGAUGACGCCUCAAGUGGCGCGUCAAGAGCUUGUCGCCUCCACGCCGAAUCCGUCGCGCAACCAGGAAUUCCCGUGUAAUUUGGAUGAGAUCAAGAAGGAAUUGCAGCAAAUUGUUCGCACGGAAAUAUCAGGCUUCCUGCGUCGUCCUUCCGUCGCCGAGGAGGAGGAGAACUUGGCACAGGCUGAGGAAGAAGAGGCUCAAAAUGUCACGUUCGACGUUGUGAUUCCUGACAUUCCCACCACAGAGUUUCCCGUGCAGCCAGGGAUGUUUGGGGUGGUGCAAAACACGGAGGCUUCAGAGGAGCCACAAAGGAAGAAGCCAAGAAGGGAGGAAACUGUGAAAUCUCAUGGUUUGAACGAAAGUGUGAGGCGAAGUGCAAGAAUUGCUGCAAUUGCGUCGACAAGUGUGCUUCAGGAGAGUGUGAGGAAGUUGCCAACACCGAAGAAGCUUCACAGGACGAAGAGAACGCGCGAUGUGGACAUUCUGCAGGGACUUCUGGAUGCCACUGAGGCGGCAAAGGGGCGCAAGAGCAGGGCGAAGAGUGUGCUGAAGGAGGAAAUACUGAAGAUCAUCAACACGGGAAAUCUCAAGCAACUCCAAUUGCUAUCACAAAUCGGUCUGAAGACAGCCUUUCACAUUAUCAAUCACAGAACUGUGAAUGGAAAAUUUAAGAGCUUGAAUGAAGUGUCGAAGCUGGCGAUAUGGCGAGGAAAAACCUGGAACCGCUUCUUACAGAUGAACAAUCUCGAGUGACUGUCUCCACGGGCCGCCGGAUCGACUCUCCUCACAUGAUUCUGUUUGGGCGGAAUGUGUUUAUCAACAAUUCACGCAAGCACUGUUGGAUCAGGAGAAGCCUCUGAGUAAUUUGAUUGGACAGGAAUGAAAGAAAAAGAAAAAUGU